ACUCGUAGAUGCUAUGCGACACUAGACGAGGUUUCAACUUCUUGUAGAAAUGGAUUUGGUGAUAUUCGCCUUCUCGCUCUGAUUCUUUUUCUCUUUCUUUCCUCCUUCAUCGAAAAGAAGACAGUUUCUCUCCACGUAUUCGUCUCUGCUAACAAUCUCAAAUCCCUUGCAUCGAUUUGUAUGUCUUGUCUGUGAUUUGAUAAGGCUUCUGGAGACCUGUUUUGGUACUUGUUAUCUUAACAAGUGUAUGGUUAUGGGUAAAGUUAACAAAGGAAUGAGCGAGAAAAAAGAAUCUGCUUGGUUAGGUCGUUGGACUCAGUUCGGUAAUGAAGUGAAGUUUCAUGAUCAUAGUACUGGUAGUGACUCUAAGGAGUUGAUUAGGGCUGAAGAUAAAGAGGUGUUGCCGUUUCCUAUGUUCAAGGUUAAUACUACAAAGCUUCAAGCUAAAGACGAUGUGGGUUCAAGCUCAAACCCUAUGGCUGCUAAUAACAAAAUGCCUUGGAUGUAUAAUAACGAUGUUCAAGAAAAGACUACACAGAACCUGCUAGAGUUGAUGAGACCAGUGAGGUUUUACGCAACGGUUGAUUCGGUUCAAAGAGUUUCUGGAGAGAUCAACUUACCGGAAGAAGAUGGUCAUCAUCAUCAGCUACUGAAGGGUUCCAUGAAGCUGAAAGGGAAGAUUUUUGGUGGGUAUCUUGAUCUGUUUCCUAGUGUAGAUCACCACCAGCAUAAAGGAGGAGGAGUUACACUGGAGUCUCUGGAAAGCUCAAAGGAUACCAAAGAAGGGAAGAAUGAAUCAUCUGCGGAGACUGAUACCUUGGAAAUGGAUAAACUUCAGAUGAUUCAUCUUUCUGGCUCCAUUGCUUCUUCCUCAACUAAGGGCAAAGGACGAAAAGGCGAUUCGCCCGUUCCUAGGACUGAGAUACCAGACAUGAAUGAAGAACCCCCUCUGGCUAUGGAUGGAGAGAACUCAGUAGGUGGGCAUCAGGGAGAAGAAACAAGCAACUCAGCUACACAGAGCAUGAACGUGGACCACUUUUUGUCUAGAGGCUGCAAACGUGUGCGGUUGGAACAAGAACCGGAAGCCAACAGCAGCAGAUGGGUCAAGCGUCUGAAGAGAAACUCCUUUGAUUCCAGCGGGCAUGAUGAAACCAAGAGCCUGAUGAAGAUUGAAGAAGAAGGGAACAACAACAACAACCUCUUCCUUGAAAUCUUGAAGUCAGGUAUCAACAAUCUCCAACCAAGAAAUCAAGAACCUGCCACUCCACAAAUCAAGAACGUUAACCAGGGAGGUGGCGACGUUACGCUUCAGCAUCCAUGGAUCCGGAGAUGGUGCAAGAAGAAGGAUACAGAUCAACCAGAAGGGGGAGAUGUUAGGUUUGAGACAGAGAACCAAAAGGAGAUGGAGAAGAAACAGUAUCCGAGUAUUGCGGCUAUGGCACUGAUGGGGAAGGCUUUGAGCGGUUUGAACCCGUAUGGUCUUAGGAAGACAGACUCGCUCAUGGUCUGGAAUGCUCGGGAUCUAAGGUAGGAAAAACAAAACCACCAUCCUGAAUUCGAACCAUGUACGAUUUUGACAGAUCCCAAAUCAUCAAGUCUACUUAGGAGCGUUGGUCUCGUUAUUUUAUCAGUUAUACAUGAAGGCAACACGAUUCGAAUAUGUAAUUGGGUGACUAAACAUAUCAUAUAUCAGUUGUGUUUUAUGUUUAUGUAA